AUAAAUACAUAUAGAUCACAGAAUGGUUCCAAAUAAACAAUCAGACGCCGACGAGCCCGUGCGUGAGAACAACCGAGAGAAGAUGAUGAGUCAAGACGAUCCUGGGACGCACAAGACCCCCAGAUGGUUUCCGGGUGCGUUCGCGCCUUUUCCGCGCUCCACCUGGAUCCACCCCCACGUGCCCAACGACAACUUUGACCGUGUGUGCGGACACAUCUGGAGGAGAGCGAGGGAGGCCGGGGAGGAGCCGGAGCCGGGUCCGGUCCGAGGUGCACCUGAGAGACAGCAGGAUGAACGUCACACCGCUCCAGAGAGCAGGACCACCAGGGCCAAGGAGCAGCAGAAAGAGGCCGAUGAUUCCGGUCUGAGCUCAAAGUGUAAGGAGGACGAGCAGCAAUUCCACACUGACUCCGUCCUUCCGUGCCCUUAUCUCUCGGGCCGCAGACAUCCCCAUGUUUCCAAGCCUGCACGGGUACUGAGCCCUGUGAUGGAAGAGGAGAUGAAACGGAAUGAGGGGGUGGCAAAGGGGAGAAACAUUUUGUGGAGAGAUGUAGAGGAUAAACUGAGGAUUGUGGCCACCAAAUCCAACAGCACAAAUGCAGAACAAAGUUCUGCGUCUGAACCUCGACCUCUGGUGCAAAAUCCUGUGUGCUGUGCCCCUGAGGACCACAGCACAUUCAUGCAGACGACUGAAGAUCCACUACUUCUUUCCAAACUACCUGAGGACGCAUGUGAAAGUGAGAUUGAGAAGAGUCUAAGAAGCGGCUCUGACAGCAGUUCUAGCGACUAUGACAAUGUUGUAACUCUGCCCAGGCUGCGAAAUUGCGCAACUGAUAGCAGUGAUGAUGACUCACUGAGUGACGAUGAUGACUGGGAGGAAGAGGUAAACGAAACUCCGUAUUCCGAUGAAUUAAGCUCUGACAGCAAGCAGGAUUCCCCAUGUUCUAGCCCGGAGAAUGCCUCUCCUCCGUUAUCUACCAUCAAGGUUGGCAUUAUACCAUGUCCCACGGAGCCUCCAGCCUCAGGGAAGAUGCAUGGCCAGUGGGAGAUUCCCCUUUCAUUCCACCCACAUGACAUCCCCACUGACACUUUGGCAAGCUGUGCGACCGCCCAAGCGCAGGCUCCUGUCCAAGACAAGGCAGAACCAACUCGGGCAAACUCAAAAACCAGCGUACCACCAGCAGGCCAAAUGCAGCACAUAUCCUUUGACCUACUGGCAGACUUCCCCGCUCUCAAGCCCCCAGAGAAACCUUUAGCAUUGGGUGUAGUGCGUGGAAGGAUUCCCGAGGCCUAUGGUGCAGAGGGGAAAAGAGGACAUACUCUCUCACCAAACCACCGCCAGGAGAGUGGGGCUUCCCAUCAGAGGAGGAUGGAAAAUGUGCCCCACGAGGUCUCUUCCAUCUGUGCAGUAGAUCAGAAAUCUGUGCUGGACCUUCAAAAAUUUGGCUCGACCGCCCAACUCAAGUCUCCAACCAUCAGCCGUGGGGAAGCGAAGGCCAACAAUCCGCCGCUUCCUGGAGUUGCAGGUACAGAUGGCGGAGGUGUUAAUGCCAGGACCUGGGCAAGCGCUGCCAAGGCGGGCAUGAAGCAAGCAGCUGCCCCUCAGGAGAAAGCCAGACCUUGUACCUUUCAGCAGACAGUUGCCAUUAACACAGCUAAAGCCGGGGUCUGUUCUGCUCGACACUCCCCCAACGAAGUGACUCCCAGCCAUCAGACAGCCACCCUGAUGGCAGCUACUAUGUGUCAGGGCCCUCGACCUCACCACCCAAAACGCAUUUUGGAGCCCGAGCAAGUCGAGCCACCGGCCCUCCGGGAUUCAGAUGUCCCCGUUAUCCUCCCCAACAGUGAGCUUCUGGGAUCAAGGCUGACGACAGCGGGAGCUGAUAACCGGAACCCCACAACAAACGUUGAGGGUGACUAUCGGUGUCGCAACCCGAUCUGUGUCAGACACAAGGCGGGGUGAGAGACACAAACACGCAGACAGCGGCGCACAAUGAUGCGAGCACACGGAGUGACGCAUACACGCACAGCGACGUGAGUGAGCACACACACACACACACAGAUUCAUCAGAUGAAAUUAUUCUGACUCUCUCCUGCCCAUACCCACACACCCACCAGCCCCUCACAGGCAUGUACACGAAGCUAAGCACUCCUACGAGCACGUGUGCCCGAGUACAUGCAGCACCUUCACUACAGUGGAAGAUGCAAACAGCGAGGACAAUCAAUCAGUAACGUAGCAAAUUGUGACUGCUCCCAGAUUUCUUUCCUUUGCCCCCUAGUGUCUUAAAUAUUUAGACUGUUUGACAUCAAAUGCAUACAUGAAUGUUAAUGAGGCAGAUCUCAGUCUGCCCAUACACACGCACGUGCACACACACACAGAAAAGACUGGGCUUGAAAAGCAGCAGGAUGCAGUCAGAAGCAACUCAUUUCAGAAACCAAAGACGGGAGCAGAGCCCUUUGUAGUUUAGAGCUUGGUUAUUGUACAGUCGAGCUCCAUUUUUUGGAGAGAGGCUGAAGAUUGCUUGUGGAUACAGCGCAGGCCGAGAAAGAUUGUCUGAUUGUUACUUCAGGAAAAUUGUCUCUGUAGUCUUUGACACGCAGAGGGGAAAAAGGCAGUUUGAAGCAUCCUUUUCAUGGUGGUGUCAUAUUCCCCUUGAAAGUGAAACCAGUAAUAAGGCAGCCUCAACACGGCGCUCUGAAGCGCCUGUCUAUCAAGGGCUCAUACGAGAUGAGGCCACGCAGUCAGUUCCUUUACACCUCGGAAUGAAACAUCUGCUUAUUGCCCAGGAGUCAGGUCUUGAGCCUUUAAAACAAACACUGUCCUGCCCUUCAUCCUUAUCUGCUAAUGCUGCUGAGGUUUAUUCCUUGUAGCAUUUUGCUCAUGCCAAGAAUCACAAAUUAGAUAAUUUAAAAAUGGCAAAAUACCCCCACAUAUUCUGACCUCCUUCCCUCCAAAGGCUAGACUUCCAGACCUUGGACGCAUUUCCAACAAAACAGCUAUGAUAAAUGAGCAAAUACAAAUGAGGCUAAACUGGGAAAUAACAAAUGUAAAUGCUGGCACUCAGGAGGGCUGAGAUAAGGCGCCGAAGAAUCUGCCUCUGAAUGAUAUUUAGGGAGGUGGCUCAAAGCCAACCGUUUUUGUGUUGUGUUUAAGUUUCUGCUGGAAAAUCAAUUUGCUAUUUGCCAAAGCCUUUUUGCACUGAGUACUUUCUAUGUUUCUGUGGAGCUCUUGUCAUUAUUAAAUGUGGCUGCUAUUACCAGUGAAAUAUUUUAAUCUCUCAAAUAAUUUAGGUAGAAUAUACGCAUUCUGCUGAUGCCACCGAUGCCUUUCACGAGGCAGUGUGAAUGGAUGUGGGAUGUGCUGCUUUUUCCUGGAGUCGACUCUGUCUGAAUGUAGCCUUUUGUAUCUGAAAUCACGUAUUCUAUCUCAAGUGUGUUUGUAUAGAGCCUCUAACUGCAUGCAUUCACAGAGUGACACACCGUGUAAUCAAACCUGUAGAAAAUAGCAGCUGCAAAAGUAAAGGUUUUAUGAAGUCAAAUGAAAAAUACCACCUUGCCAGUGCUAUCGAAGGUGACUAGGAUUCUUCAGACAACUCCAGGAGCUCCAGACAGUCAUCUCUUUAAUCGGCCUCUGUGGAGGAGUCACCCUUGUAAAACACUGAGUAGUGCACUCAAGGAAACUGGUCCCUUUAAAAGAGACAUGCCCGGGAUCAACAUGCUACAUGAAAUUACACUCCCCCCUGCACACCGCCCUGAUAAACUUGUUUGUUUGAGCCUGGAGCAUUUCAUUGUUUGUGCGACAGAGUUAAGCACCGAGCUGAGUAUACAAGUCCACAACAAACACUGGAGCCUGCGCCCUGCAAAUCCAGCCUCCUGCUUUGGAUGCAAUAAUUCUUUUAAAAUUCCUGUCCAAAAGAUUUGUGUGCAAACAUUAACAUCACGCUGGAGGCAAUGCGGCUUUAAUGCCUGAACACCAUGUGUGGCUUCCUUGUUUUGUGUUUGUGUCAGGAUGCCUGAGAAGUUUGUGCAACAUGCCGAUAUCUCUUUGCACUAAUGUCACAACUUAUACAGUUGAUUAAAUUGUACUUGCUAUUGGUAAAGUUGAGAUCAAGCAGCACGAGUAGGUUUGAAUAAACUUGGACCUCAGCCCUCUGAUCCCUGACAUUCAGCACUCUGUAGGAGGAUGUGCACCAAGCCAGUUAUUACUUAUUACUACAAGUCAGAGAAAUUGUCAGAGUGGAAAAAAUGCUUGCAAAUGCAAAUGUGGCCUCCGAAGGAUGCAGAACCUGAAUUGAGACACAGCAUCUGUCUGACUUUAAUUUGUGAAAUUGGUGGAGUUACCCUUUAAUGAAUUAAGACCCAUUUAGCUGCAGUUGUAGGCAGACGUAACUCUGGAGCACAAACCUACUGUCAAACAGUCACCGUCCCCUUCAUGCCAGCAAACGUUAUUCUGCACCACAAAUAAGCAAAAAAACGAUAUGGAGACCUGAAGAAAAUUAAUGUAUUUGACUCAUAUCACUUCACUGAAAAGCAUAAAUCUAUACUGUAGAAAUAACUCACACCGAGGGUUGUGGUGAAUGCAGGAAAACGGUUUGACACACUCUGCAUUUCUGUUUUGUUAUAAUGACAUUUCAGCCCUCGGGCCUUCCUUAAAGGGUUACUCCACCAACGUUACAUAUCAUGUGUUUACAUGUCUUGGGGAGCACUACUACUGAAAACUCUUCAGUGGCUUCAGAGGAAGCUGCGUGUAACCUGAUAAAUAUGUCCACAAACCACCAAUUAAAUCACUUCAGUUUUCAAUUUUUGAAUAUAAUGGUAUGACCCAAAAUGUUAAAAAUAUAUUCACUUUGAAUAGAUUUCCAACAGAGCAAAAGAGGCACUCGUUACAAUAUGAUCAUUUAAGAGCUUCUUGAGUUAUGAUGCUUUUUGGGAACAUACACUUCAGGAAUAUCACAGGGUGUACUUUACAAUAGUUUCAGCCUUAACAUGCUUAUUAAAACUGGUAUUAAAAUGACAUCAAAGGCCCUGACAUCAAUCAGGGCGGUAGCGACUGUAUAUUAACAUGUUCAGUCAAAUUGAAGUCAAACUCAUAAAUAUGUUCAUAUAAAUGCGUAUAAAACAUCGGACAUUGGCUGCUCUUGAAUCUCCCUCUUUGUGUUUUUCAG